CCAUCAUAGCCUCAGGGAACAUGAAGUCCGUCCUCCUCCUGCUGGCCUCGUUUUCUGCAGCCUGGCUGCCUUCACACACUUUCAACCUGGAAACAGAGAAGAGCCACAUGUUCCAGACGGGAGCCGAGUGGUUUGGACAUCAAGUUCUGCAGAUGGACUCGGGUGGCACGUGGGUGGCGGUCAGCUCCCCGCUGGAGGACAACAAGAAUGGGAAAAUCUACCAGUGCAGCUAUAAUAACAUGCAGUGUUCUGCCUUGGAAAUUACAGGCACUAAGCAGACUGAACGGUGGGCCAUGGGGAUGUCACUCGUCAGCAGUUCAAAGCAGCUUGUGGGCUGUGGGCCCCACUAUGAGCACCUGUGUGGGAAAAACAUGUACCUGAAUGGCGUCUGCUACCGCUUUGACAGAGAGCUUCAGACUACGGCAUCGAGGAACAUCACCCCUGGGUACCAAGAAUGCACCGUCAGAGGCAUCGACAUUGUAUUUCUUAUCGAUGGAUCAGGCAGCGUUUUAGGUCCCGACUUUCAGAACAUGAAGGUGUUUAUGAUGCAGAUCAUCAAUAAAUUCUCGGGGAGGAACACCAACUUCGCCGUUGUCCAGUUCUCAUCUUCCACAAGAGUUGAGUUUAACUUCAGGCAAUACUUGUCUUCAAGCUCUCCCAAUAUCCUCAUCAAUGCCAUUGUCCAAAUGUCUAGAGGAACCAACACAGUCUCGGGAAUGAGAUAUGUUGUGGACAAUAUAUUUGCUCCCAGUACUGGAUCACGAACCGAUGCCACCAAAAUCCUCAUUACCAUAACAGACGGAGAGUCCCAAGAGAAGAAGUUUGAAGAAGUUACCCGCAGAGCCGAUGCUAAGAAUAUCAUCCGCUAUGCCAUUGGGGUAGGGGGUGCAUUUGCACAUCAAGGGCCUCGGAAUGAACUUAACACAAUCGCCUCGUCACCCAACAACGUAUUCCGAGUGGACGACUUCAACGCCCUGAAUGGAAUCCAGAGUCAGCUGGAAGAGAGAAUCUUUUCUAUUGAAGGAACCCAGAAGGACACGCUGGCCAGCUCCUUUCAGCUGGAGUUGUCCCAGGGAGGAUUCAGCCUGUUUGCUAACUCGGAUGGAUCAGUGCUCUAUGGUGCUGUAGGUUCUUAUGACUGGUCUGGGGGUUUCUUUGAAGAAAAUGGUCACAUCCUGAAGUUCUUCAACAUGUCUUCCCACAGCAGAGAUAUGAAAGGGUCCUACUUGGGGUACACCAUCGAAGAUGCCACCGUGAGUGGAGCGACUUAUUACUUUGUAGGGGCUCCUCGCUACAAACACAAAGGAGCAGUGGUGGUGUUCCAACGUCACAAAAUGACAGCCACAUACACACUGGAGGGAGAGCAGAUUGGUUCCUACUUUGGGGCAGUCAUUUGCUCGGUUGACCUGAACAAAAACGGAGAGACCGACCUGCUACUGAUCUCCGCUCCAAUGUACCAGAGCCCUGGAAAGGGAGGCCAAGUGUUUGUGUACAAGUUCAGUUCUAUCACUAAAAGGUUUGCUUUGUCAGACACUCUGAAUGGAAUGGAAGGACAACCUGACUCGCGGUUUGGUGCAAGCAUCGCUGAAAUCUCUGACCUCAACGGCGAUGGAAUAACCGAUGUGGCUGUGGGAGCCCCUCUUGAAAAUGACGGUCGGGGAAGUGUCUACAUCUUCAAUGGCGGGGCUGUGGGACUGAGAUCCUGUAGUCAAAGAAUUGAAGCAGCGCAACUCUCCGGUAACUUGAGAUUAUUUGGCCACUCCCUGCAUGGAAUUCUGGACCUGACAGGAGAUCAAAUGCCAGAUCUGACCAUUGGCUCGAAAGGCAAUGUCGUGGUUCUCCGAUCAAGACCAGUGCUUGGGGUUGAAGUGACGGCAGCUUUCCAGCCUGAGAUAAUUAAUACCAAAGAUGAAGACUGUGCCAGAGAGUCCAAACACAAGAUGACGUUGUGCUUCAUAGUGACUAAGGUCACCAAAGACAAUGCAGCCAAUCUGUCUGCAACCAUCACAUAUAACCUGACGCUGGACUCAGUGAGACAAAGAUUUAGGGCGCAUUUCACUCCAGGCAAUCGACAAAUGAACAGUGCUUUCAAGGCCGGAGUCGGGAGAACAUGCAAGGAACACAACAUAAUCAUACCUAACUGUCCUGAUGACUUCCUCAUUGCCAUCACAAAUGAGCUGAUCUUCACCAUGGUGGGCGAGCCAAUCCCAUCAGCGUCAGGACUACAGCCUGUCUUGGACAUGGACUCCAAAACCAAACUCCUCUUCCCACUGAGCUUUGAGAAAAACUGCGGUCCAGACCAAGAAUGCAUUGACUUCCUUCAGCUGAGCUUCAAUACCACUGGGGAUUCUUUUCUUGGUGUGGGCAUCUCUCCCAUUUUAAACCUGACGGUCUCGAUCCAGAACGAUAACGAGGAUUCCUACAACACGGUGGUGACAUUCACUUAUCCUUCAGGUUUAUCUUAUCGGCGGGCCACUGUGCUUCAGGCAGACAGAAGGAUGACAGUUCACUGUGACUCAACACCAGGAAAGGAAGGCGACGUGAUGAUGUCCAGUUCGUGUGCAAUUAACAAGCCAGUGUUCAGGGCGGGUGCCAAGGCUCUCUUUAUAGCCACAUUCGAUGUUGCACAGAAUGCUGAAUUCAACAGAGUUGUGAACAUUUCUGCACUUGCCACAAGCGAGAAUAAGGUGCACCAGGGCAAUGAGAGAUUCUACAGUAUGGAAAUUCCUGUGAAAUAUGCCAUCAACAUCCUUGUGAAGAACAAGAUCCAGGAAACAACAAGGUACAUCAACUUUUCCAUGGGACAAGACGACAUAACCCAGGCAGUGGAGCACGUAUACGAGGUGGAGAAUACAGGAUUAAGGGAGGUCUCCUUCACUGCUGUUCUGAAAAUUCCGAUCCGACUACAAGACAAGGAGCUGUGGAGCAGUCUGGCAACCCAACAAAAAACCAGUUGUACCGAGACCCUAGAGACACCCCGAACAAUCACUGCUGCGGAGCUAAAGAAGAUGAUGAAGAAGGACACAAAAGUGGACUGCACUAUCGCUGUCUGUAAGGUCUUGACCUGCCCCUUUGAAAACCUGGAAAUUCGGAAGCCAGUUACAUUGAGGAUGGUUGGAAACAUGACCUCAGCCUGGACUGGUCAGACCAAACAAAAAAGGCUGCAGGUGAACAGUGCCGCUUCACUCAAUUUUGAUGAGAACCUGUACAUCCAUCUCUUUACCACAGCACAGCACCGCUAUACCCAUAGCCAGGCGACUACCGAGAUCGAACUAUACGAGGAGGUCAACAUCCUACCACUGGUGUUAGGUGGUGGCAUUGGAGGGCUUCUUCUGCUGGCAAUCGUAGUGGCUGUCCUCUAUAAGGUGGGAUUCUUCAAACGACAAUACCAAGACCUCAUGAAUGAGGCCAACAACAGCACCGACAACAUGGCUGCCGCAACUGAGAAUGAAAACUUCGGGCAAGUUCAGGAAGAGAGAGCAGCUUAAAAUUAGCUGCUGCUUGUUGCUCACCAGCUAAGAAAGGCAUUGUAUGCACAUUUUUGCACAAUAAAAAUGCUGAUCCUUCUCCAA